UUCGGAAAAAAGAAAUAAUUAAACGCUAAAUAAUCGAAUUUAUAUUAAUUACUAUUAAUUCUUCAAAUAUCGAUUAUAAUUAGAUCGCAUAUACAACUAGGCAUGCGUUUUACGUGACAUAGAAACCGUCAUAAUAUUAUUAACUUUUUUUUAAUCUAACUAACAUGUAUACAAAUAUGCCAAAUAUGUUUUAUGUCUGUAGAAUAUUCGUUUGAUUCAGUAUUAUUCGCAAAUAAAAGUGAUAGAAAACAAAGAAGAAAGAAAGAAUUUCAGUUGUAAGGAUUAUUUUAUAUUUUUAGCAUUUCGUAGCAUUUCGUAAGACAAUUUAAUUUUUAUCAUUUUGGUAGAAAUGAAAAACUAUGUCUCAUGUUUAUGCAAUUAAUACUGGCGGUUAUCAUACAGAUAUCGCUAUAACAGUUUAUAGUAAUCGCAUAUUUUUAAUCGUAUCGCAUUUCAAGAAACUUGGAUCAUUAAUAACGGUGAAUCGAGAAUCAGCUUUAAAUCAAUUUAGCAAUAAUAUAUUUUCUACGAAAGUUAUUUUUGGUAAAGAUGAAGUUGAUGUUCAUGCCGCCGCUAGAUAUAUGGCAGAACAAAUAAAUAUCGAUAGGCCAAUGUUGUUAUCGAUGUGUUUAAAAGAUUACAAUACAGAAAUAUUAAAAACUAUAAUUAAUAGUAUAAAUGAAUUGAAACUGUGGUAAUAUUAAGACAAAUACAAAAAAAUGAGUUUAAUAUUUGGACAAUUUGUUAUUGGACCUCCGGGUAGUGGAAAAACUACUUAUUGUAAUGCAAUGUGUAAAUUCUUGGAACGAAUGGGUAGAAAAGUAGCUGUUAUUAACAUUGAUCCUGCUAAUGAAAAUAUGGAAUAUGUUCCAUCAGUAGAUAUAUCAGAAUUAAUUAAACACGAAGAAGUUAUGUCAGAAUGUGAUCUUGGUCCGAAUGGGGCAUUAAUCUACUGUAUGGAAUUUUUAGAAGCUAAUAUUAAAUGGUUGAUUACUAAAGUUUUAAAUUUGAAAGAUUAUUAUCUUAUUUUUGAUUGUCCAGGACAGGUUGAACUUUAUACACACCAUAAAUCUGUUAGUUCAAUAGUCGAGAAAUUGACUCAGAAUUUAGUGAGAUUGUGUAGUGUACAUCUUAUAGAUUCACAUCAUUGUAGCGAUCCAGGAAAAUAUUUGUCAUCUUUAAUUUUGUGUACAACCACUAUGCUACAAAUAGGUUUGCCUCACGUUAACAUUAUGACCAAAUUUGAUGAAAUGAAAAAAUUUAAGGAUCAGUUAGACUUUAAUAUAGACUUUUAUACCGAAGUACUUGAUUUAAAUUAUCUUCUAGAGAAAUUGGACGAGCAUCCUUUUACUACAAAGUAUAAGAAACUAAACGCAGCUUUAAUUUCUUUAGUUGAAGAUUAUAGUCUUGUAAGUUUCAUACCAUUAGAUGUUACCAAUCAAGCACUUUUAUUACAAGUGAAAAACGCUAUUGAUAAAGCUAAUGGUUACAUUUAUGGUGGAAAUGAACCUCAGGAUGUUCAAGCUUUAUUGGCGUGUGCGGUUGGUGCUGUCAGUGAAACUAAAAACAUGUCUACUAUAGAUUCAUAUUUCUGAAUAAAUAUAAUUUUUUAAAGAAA